UCCGUUUCGGAAGCUGCGCUACGUCUCCUUUUUGACCCUAUAGGCGUCCCAUCCGCCGCAAGUUUUAUUGGUCGGAAUAGCGUCAGCUGAUCGUCUCCCACAAUUUUCAAUAUGGCGGCGUCGAGAUAGCCUGUGCUGAGAAGCGUGGAAGUCGGUGCUGGUUGGUUGUGCUGCUUCUGGGAAGGAAAUACUCUGGGUUGGAGGAUGAGUUAAAGAGGUUGGUGAUUGUUAGACUGGAGCAAGCUUCAGAUUUUAUUAUGGAACAUGUUUUGUUUCCUUCCGCCCGGAGUGUGAAUAAAGCAUUUACUUUCCUAUUCUCCACAACCUAUGCUGUUCGUGAUAUGCUGGCUUGGCUUUGUUUCCGAUUCCUUAGACUAGGAGGAGGAUUAUAGAAAAGAUGGAUCUGAAGUGCUGUGUAUUUUCUUUCCUUUUUCCGGUGCUGCUGCAAGCUUCCCAGUUCUGAUCAGACGCAGAAACCUACAGCCAGCAUUGCGGAGUAAGAGCAUAAUUAUGGUGGUGUGCAAACAGCAGCCAAUCGAGAAUUCUCAGUUAGGUUAUAGUUUGGAUAAAGUGUUUCCUGAAGGUGGUUAUUUAAUUAUUAACUUGAAUAGCUAGCCUGCCUAACUCAGUUGCCCCUCCUGCAUGUUGGAAGAUGCGUUUGGCAUCUCAUCCAUUUUUUCUCAUUUGAUUGGUGAGCUGGUGGGCCUCCCAGUAGUCCUGCACAAGUAAGAUCUGCUGCACUGCCAGGUACCAAUUGCCCUUAGGCAGCCGAGACAGGACUGUGAGCCAGCACUGCUCUAGAAGCCACAGAAUUAGCCUUAUACCAGCAGUAUAUCACAACAUUUUAACUUAGGUGCAUAGGAAGCUGCCUUAUAUUGAGUCAGAGCCUUAGUUCAUCUAGUACAUAGUUGUCUAUACUAAGUGGCAGUGGCGCUCCAGGAUUUCAGGCAGGGUCCUCACCCAGCAGUACCUGGAGAUGCUGGGGAUUGAAUUUGGGACCUUUUGUAUGCAAAAUAUAUGCUUUACCACUGAGCUAUGGCUGUCCACUUGCAGAUAGAGUAUAAGUGAGAGGAAGAAGGAGAAGCCAAGCUUGGAAGCAGUUUGCAUGCUUUUUCCUGCUACCUCUGCAUAUCUUGUUUCCCCUGCCAGCUGGAUUGCCAGUGUAACUAGCUGGCUGGCUGGCUCAGAGAAUUCACCAGGAGAGCAUGGGGGCAGGUGGAGGUCAAAUGGAGAGACCCAUCCGUCCACUCACCUGCAUGGAAUUCUCUGCAUAGAAUUCCUAAGUGCCUGUUGUUAUCAGGUAAGUUGUUAAAUUCAAGGCUGAUUUUUAAAAUCUGAUAUUUCCUUAUCUUUUUUAAAAAAAUUAAGGACCUCUUGCUGUUAAAGGCCAGUGAGGGCUUUCCUUCCUUUUUAACUAAUCACCGCUUGCUACCCAAAUCUUUGGAAGCGGACAGCUAUCAUAACAUAUGUAAGCUGUCACUCAUAUACAGAACAGCAGUGCUGCUGACUGGAAAAUUAUGCAAUAGAAAUAGCUUUUCUUAUACUUUCAGAAAAUACUCAGGAAGAAGCCUGUACUAAUGAAAAGCAAGUGUCUCCUGUGGAUUUGGACUCUGGGAGGCACCUUACCUCCUUACAGAAGGGCAGGAACUCUACAGCUUCAAAAGGCCUGGAAUAUUUCACCUUUAAUUGCUCUUAAAGUCAGAAAUAUUUUUGUGAAAGCCAUGGAUGGUGAUCAGGCACAAUGUAUGGAAACAGCUGACUCGAAUCUGGAGCAAAAUGUGGCUCAGUCCCCUAUCGUGAGCACUACUGGUGGCAGUGAGGCAGUAAAGAAUGGAGGAACCCUGGUCACUGAAGGGAAGGGGAAAAUAUUUUUUCCAAGUGCCAAUGAAGUGUUCUACAACCCUGUUCAGGAGUUUAACAGAGACCUUACGUAAGUAGACAUGUGGGGAGAGAUUGCUUUCCAUUUAACUUUGCAAAUGAUGGGACUGUUGGAAUCUGCUCUUGCAUUUUGGAAGAGGCUGCCCCUUUGAUUUUGCGAGAAUGAGAAGGGGCCUGCAACCACUGGCCAAAUUAAACUUAGUUUUUGAGUGUAAUGAACAAGAGAGGAACUGUGACAUUCUCACGGUCAGUGCUUUUCUUCUAGGAAAAAAAUGCUGGUACUGUGUACCCUUGAGUACCCCCAGAAAAAAGCUCUGCUUACAGUUGUGACCCCACUUCAUUUUUUUUUUUUUACUAGCUCACUGAGGACUGCUCAAUCCACCUCCUCAGGUUAUUCCUAUGGUGAAGGUGGGUUCAGUGGACCUUCAUUGUGGAGUGGGGAGGUUGGGAAGCAUUUGGUUUCCAAAGAUGGGUACCUGAUUCAGCUACAAGGUCUGCUUUUGCAGAAAGACUUUUCUCUCUCUUCUCUUCCAGCAUACUGCCCCAGGGGCCCCUAUUCUGCUCUGGAGGGUUGGGGGGAACCCCCAGAAAAGACCUAGGGGGCACAUGGGGAGGGAAGAGAGGGGUGAAAAGUCUCAUUGGGCAAGUAGAGCUCACUUAGCACUACAUUGAAUUCACCCCUGCAUGUGCUUGGUGCUAAACUCUCCCUCUUCCAUUGGGAUCUCUUCAGUGGUGCAAGGAUAUGCACUUUUGUCACCAAAAGGAACCCUAUUCUCCAGAAGCUGCAAGGAACCCUGGGGGCAAAAGGAUCCUGGAGAGGCCUGCGUUUGUGUCCUGGGUGCUCCUCUCUUUGCUAGAAGGAUCUUUGUGUGUGUGAGGAUCGAACUUGAAGGCCAUGUGCUUGAGAACAUGCCUCCUAGUUUUUACCCACUUCAAGACCCUUUUGGUAUUGAAGUCAAGUUAAUUCCCCUUUGCUGGCAAGAGGGUUGAUGAAAGGAAGGGCCAGUCCUUUGACAGAGAAGGGGCAGCCCUAUUUUGCUCCCAAAAAGAUUUCUGUCAAGUAGCUGAUAGUUUCAGGAAUCUGGUAGUUGAGAGGAUUUUUUUUUUAGUAAUAAUAGUGAUGAUGCUUGAGUUCAGUGAGCCUUAAAAGCUGAUUUAUAUAACAUAUUUUCUAUUGGAUUUGUCUACUGAUACGUAACAUAGCUUUUAGUUACCAAUAACUACCCAGUAGUUUAGGCUGAAAAAUAUGGACGGGAAAGCUCGUUUAGUGAGUAUGGUUUGAAGCGGAAUGGCUUCUUGCAGGGGUCGGGGACCUGUAGCUUUCCAGAUUUCUGGACUGCAGCUCCCAUCAUUCUUGAUGGGUGGCACCAUCCAUGUUGGCUGGGGCUGAUGCUCUGGAAAAUGAGUGGUUCUGAAGACACACAGGGUCUUUAGUUUUGCAGGGGGUUUUCAAAAUCAAGUGGUAUAUAAAUUUCAUGAAAUCUUUUUUCCUAUUAUAUCUUGGCUACAGAAUAACAAAAAUCACAUCUCUGACAUCUCUCUUCCCUCCCACAUAUAGGUGUGCAGUCCUUACGGAAUUUGUACGGCUGCAGCUUUCAUCAAAAGGGAUUUCAAGUGAGUAGUAAUGUUUUCCUCUAUUUGAGACAAGACCCAGAGGGGGAAACCGCUGAUGUGUAAGAGGCAUGCAUAAUUGUCUUUUCAGGAAUGUUGAUUUACCUUUCUCUCUUGUUGUUGUUUGUCCUGUAGUCUGGACAUUGGGGUAAUUACCUCUGUCCAUUGGAGGCAGUUUCUCUCUCUCUCCAAAAUGAAACGUUUGACUAGGGCACUUCCCUAUUCUUUCUCUUGACUGUGAAGUAAACAGGAGCAGAAGAGGUGUUGAUGCUCUGAUCUCCCCUGCACCUGGCUUUCUGCCAAGCACCCAAGGCACUUUACAUUUUAAAAUAUUAAAACAAAUAAAUGUUAUAAAAUGUAAAGUUGGCCAGGGGAGAGAGAGGGGAGAACGGUUUGGCUGUAGCAGACCCUGAUAUUGACUUUGCCUGCUGUUUCCACUCUCUUCUUCCUUCUCCAGUUCUAUAUUGUUCCUCUUGCUGUGACAGCUGUGCUUUAAGCACCUGUUUAGGCAGGCUUGCAUACUGUCAGCGGCUCUGUUGUGAACUAGCCAUGCCCCGUUUUGAAGCCUUGGGGAUUGUUCCUAGAACUACAGAAUGUAGAUCUGGUUAACACAUCAUUCUUUAGCCAAGACCCCACUCUGUACCAUAAAAGAGCCAUGAGCAGCUGUGGUCUUCUUGCACAAAAUGUGCUAAGAAUAUCUAUGCAUGGUAAAUAGAAGAUAGAACGCUAGCUUGAUUGGCACAUUGUAGAUCUCUUAGCACCCUGCUAACCUUUCUCCAGCUUCUGGGAAAUGGCUGCUUAGCUUCCUGGAAAAUAUAUGCAAUCUCUUUGUCCACGCUGUUCAGCAUAAUGUUGAAUGCCAUAUUACAGUUGUAUGAAAUGAUUUCAGGAUUGUGAAGCUCUGUAAGGAGAAUGGCAGGCCCAGACUUCAUGUCACUCUGUGUUAUUUCCAUCUGUUCCAGUUGCAGUCCCUGGAGAGGAGAAUGUCUCAAAAGUGAUUGUGGAUCUCUCGAAAGGGGAAAAAGAUGAUGACCGGGAGCAGACACCUGGUGGUGAUGACCAGCAAGAUAAUGAGGAGCAUGAAGCUGUGAAAGUGGGAGAAGUAUGCCAGGUGCUGUGUCCCUGUGUGUAUGUACACUUUGGGGGUUUGAGGGUCUUGUAAUGGCACCUUAUUUUAUUGUAGUGCUGAAUGUAUUGAUCCCUUGUUCAUCCUUGACCCUCCUUUCUUUUGUUUUGUCAAAAUAUAUUUAUUUUUGUACUAGUUUUAUUGUGCUUAGUUAUAUUUUAUCUAUUUGAUUUGUGUCCUGCCUUUCCUUCAAGGCUAUCAAGGUGGCAUACAAGUUUGUCCUUUUAUUCUCACAACAAUCCUCUGAGGUAGAUUAGGCUGGAAGAUAGAGACUGGAUUAAGGUCACCCAGCAAGAUUCAUGGCCGAGUGGGGGGGGGGUUGAACUUGGGUCCUACCAGUUUGAAUCUGACAUGGUAACUGCUACACUGUGCUAGCUGUGUUACAGUUUUGACUGCAAGGUCUCUGUUUGGUGCAGAGGCCUGGCUUACAAGUGGUCACCAAAUGCUCCACUAAAUACUAACCACCUUGCAUUAUUCCCUCUCUCCUCCCCAAACUCCAACAUUGAGUCUGUAUUUUCGCACACAUUCUCAAGAAAUCCAAGAUCUGGGGAACAGCUGGAGAUUUUGAUACAUGCUGAGACAUUCACAAGGCUGACCCAGUCUUUCAAGAUCUGCUGCAAAAGUCAUUCUGGGUCUACUUCACCAUGUGCAUUGGUCACAAGAUGAUAAGGCAUAUGAGGAAAAUUUUGUUCUACAUCUCCAUCAGUUGUGGCAAGGGGAUAACAUUUGAAGUCAGCUGUUAUGUUCAUUUUUAGCAAGGCAUCUGUGGAGCUCAGUUGCUUUGGGGCCUCCCGCCAUCUCUCUUUUCUAUAUCUUUCUUCCUGUCUCUCUGCAGGAGGGAGUGCGAGUGCUGGAGGCCUUGGCUGCUUCUGGAUUACGCUCCAUCCGGUUUGCAAAGGAGGUUCCUGGCCUUCAGAGAGUGGUGGCGAAUGACUUAUCUGCCAAGGCUGUUGAGCUAAUAACCAAAAACAUCCAGCUCAAUGAUGUCGGACACCUGGUGACUCCAAGCUUGUCAGAUGCCCGGUGAGUAAAGGUUUUCCAUUUAGAAGAGAGAUAAGAAACCCAUGACACCCUGAUUGUGGUUGGACUCCAGCUCCUUUCAGCCUCAGCCAGCAUGGCCAAUGGUUGGGGAUCAUGGGAGUUGUAGUCCAGCAGCAUCUGGGUGGCCACAGAUUCCCCACCUGUGAUUCAGGGUCUGGGAGCUAGACUCCUUCUCCUUUUUCCAUAGUAAGAACUGGGCCACUGUUGUCUUUUUGUUUCUUUUUGUAUGUGGAGUGUGGUGCUUCUAAACAGGUCUUUCUCCCACACUCACAGGAUGCUGAUGUAUCAGAGCAAGGCAGACAGAGACCUCUUUGAUGUCAUUGAUCUGGACCCAUAUGGCAGCCCUUCGAUGUUUCUGGAUGCUGCGGUUCAGAGCGUGAGUGACGGAGGUGAGCUCAUAACUUCUAUCAGCUCCACUUUUGUGAGUGAUGGUGAAAAUCAGGGUGUUUGGACCACUCUUCUUCUGCAGUGGUUUUUGGUUUAGGAGACACCAACCUUUUUUUGCCUACUUAGCUUUUCUGUCAGCCCUUAUAAACAGUUUUUUUUGGAAGGGGUGUUUCAAAACAAAAUCUGGGUAUAAAUGUAAAAUACGGACCAUAACCUCACGUUGACUCAUGACGGAAAAGCUAGGACUUUGUCAGAGACAUACUUUUAGCAUAUUAUAUGGCAGUCUAGCUAUGCAAGUUCCUAAAGCUCUCUGAGGAUUGGAAUACUCCUGUAAAAGUGAAAUUGUUCCUGCUGUGCAAGCUACAGAACUCUUUCUGUAUUCCUUCCCUGCCUCACUGAGACAGGAGAGUGUUGUUUUUCCCCUAUGCACAGACAGAAACUGAAGCCAGCAUAUGUAAUGGUUUGGCUAUGGGCUUUGUGGCAGAGCAGCAGUCCAAACUGAGGUCAUGGCACCAUAUGCUUUGACUCUACAGUUGUUGCUUGAUGCCCUUUUAGGUGUGUUUUUUUGGGGAAAGAUUGUGUUGUAUCUCCUGACCCUUCCCUUCCCUUUGGGGACACUGUUGCAGGCCUGCUGUGUGUCACAUGCACCGACAUGGCUGUAAUGGCUGGGAACUCCGGGGAGACCUGCUACAGCAAAUAUGGGGCCAUGUCUAUCAAGGGCAAGUUCUGCCAUGAGAUGGUGAGUGGAUUGAGCUGCCAGGAACCUCAGACUACAAGCCCAUGUCCCAUCGCUGUAUCUGUCCAGCCUUUGGCCCGUCUAUUGUCUUCCUCAAGAGGAAAUGAAUGCUUUCAAGUUGGUGGUUCUGCAAGGUCAAGUGGUAUCUACCCGCAGUGCCAUUCAGGCAUCCAGGACACUGCUGCAGUUCCACUCCCUCUUUUUCCCAGCUUGGCUGCCUGCUGCUGUGCUGGAGGACACACUCCCAAGGCCAACCUCAAGAUAACAGAGUGACACUUACAUUCUUAUGGGGCUGACACAUGAAGAGUUGAAGUUCCCAUGUAUCACAGUAAUGUUAACUGUCCAAAAUCAAAACGUAACAAUAGCUCUCACUGUAGUUUCCUCCUACCUUCCUUCAGGCCCUGCGGAUUAUCCUGCACAGCAUUGAUCUGCGGGCCAACUGCUACCAGCGCUACAUUGUCCCACUCCUGUCGGUCAGUGCAGAUUUCUACAUUCGUGUUUUCGUCCGGGUCUUUACUGGGCAAGCCAAGGUUAAAGCUUCUGCCAGGUGAGCCACCCCCAAACUUGAGUUUCAGUCCUUGGGUAGUGCCCCGUUUGUGCUUACAACCAUUUUAGUGGCAUCCAGUGUGGUGUAGUGGUUAAGAGCGGUGGACUCGUAAUCUGGUGAACUGGGUUUGCUUCCCUGCUCCUCCACCUGCAGCUGCUGGGUGACCUUGGGCCAGUCACACUUCUUUGAAGUCUCUCAGCCUCACUCACCUCGCAGAGUGUUUGUUGUGGGGGAGGAAGGGAAAGGAGAUUUUUAGCCGCUUUGAGACUCCUUAAGGGGGAGUGAAAGGUGGGAUAUCAAGUCCAAACUCCUCCUCCUCCUCCUCUUCUUCUUUUUCAUGUGAUCACUGACAUGCAGGUCCUUUUGGACACAGAAGAAAGUAGAAUGUGGGGCAGGGCAAGGAGUGUGGGGACUGUGAGCGGCACCACUGUGCAAAAUGGUCACCACGUGUGUGUGUGUGUGUGUGUGUGUGUGUGUGGCUGUCCAUGGUGCUCCCAGUUAGCUGAGGUAACAGGGAGCUUAUCCACUGCAACCAAUACUUAUUGAGGCCCAUCCCUGGGCUUUUCUUUCUCUGCCUCUUAUUUGUUUUUGUUUUUUUUCAAAUGAUAUUUAUUAAAAGUUUAAAAAUUACAGAAGAAAGAAGAAAAAAGAAAUAACAAUAAAGUAGAAAAAAACAAUAACAAAACAUAUAAAACAUAUAAAAACCAUACAACAAUACAGCAAAAAAACCAGACAAAAAAGAAACUAAAAAACACAUCCAAUAUUCCAUGUCUUUACCUUUCCUUAACUUGUUUCAUCGACCUCCUCACACCUCCCUUUUUUUGUAUUCUAGUUCAAUUCACUAUUUCAGCAAGUUCUUCCCAUCUUUCUCAAUUUUGGUUCUAUAGUUUUAACGGUCUAACCUUAAAUUUUUUCAAUUUAACCCAAUAUCAAUCAACUUUUACUUAAUUCUUUGUUGCAUUUCUACUAAAACCAUGUAACUUCAUUCCCGCAUCCUUCUAACACUCAUUAAUUUUACAAUGUUUCUGUAAGUAUACUUUAAAUUUUUUCCAAUCUUCUUCCACCGACUCUUCUCCCUGGUCUCGAAUUCCGCCAGUCAUUUCCGCCAGUUCCAUAUAGUCCAUCAACUUCAUCUGCCAUUCUUCCCUGGUAGGUAGAUCUUGUGUCUUCCAAUAUUUCGCAAUGAGUAUUCUUGCUGCUGUUGUAGCGUACAUAAAGAAAGUUCUAUCUUUCUUUGGCACCAAUUGGCCGACCAUGCCCAGGAGAAAGGCCUCUGGUUUCUUCAAGAAGGUAUAUUUAUAUACCUUUUUCAUUUCGUUAUAGAUCAUCUCCCAGAAUGCCUUAAUCUUUGGGCAUGUCCACCAAAGGUGAAAGAAUGUACCUUCAGUUUCAUUACAUUUCCAACAUUUAUUAUUGGGCAAAUGAUAGAUUUUUGCAAGCUUGACUGGUGUUAUGUACCACCUAUAAAUCAUUUUCAUUAAAUUCUCUUUUAAGGCAUUGCAUGCCGUAAACUUCAUACCAGUGGUCCAUAACUGUUCCCAGUCAGCCAUCAUAAUAUUAUGUCCAACACCUUGUGCCCAUUUAAUCAUAGCAGAUUUCACCAUUUCAUCUUGAGUAUUCCAUUUCAACAGCAAGUUAUACAUUCUUGACAAAUUCUUAACUUUAGGGUCUAACAAUUCUGUUUCCAACUUUGAUUUUUCCAUCUGGAAGCCAAUUUUUUUAUCCAAAUUAUACACCUCCAUUAUUUGAUAAUACUGGAGCCAAUUUCGUACUCUGUUUUUUAAUUUUUCAAAACUCUGCAGUUUUAAUCUGUCACCCUCUUGUUCGAAAAUUUCCCAAUACUUCGGCCAUUUGGCCUCCAUAUUGAGUUUUUUCUGAGCCUUUGCUUCCAUUGGUGACAACCAUCUUGGGGUUUUAUUUUCUAACAAAUCCUUAUAUCUUAUCCAGACAUUAAACAGUGCUUUUCUUACAAUAUGGUUUUUAAACGCUUUGUGUGCUUUAACCUUAUCAUACCACAAAUAUGCAUGCCAACCAAAUACAUUAUUGAAACCUUCCAAAUCCAAAACAUCCGUGUUUUCAAGAAGCAUCCAUUCUCUCAGCCAACAAAAAGCGGCUGAUUCAUAAUAAAGUUUUAAGUCUGGCAGGGCAAAUCCACCUCUUUCUUUAGCAUCAGUUAAUAUCUUAAAUUUUAUACGAGGCUUCUUGCCCUGCCAGACAAAUCUGGAGAUAUCUCUCUGCCACUUCUUGAAACAGUCCAUUUUGUCCAAAAUUUGCAGUGUUUGAAACAAAAACAGCAUUCUUGGCAAUACAUUCAUUUUUAUCACAGCAAUUUGGCCUAACAACGAUAGCUUCAAGUUUGACCAUAUUUCUAAAUCUUUUUUCACUUCAGUCCAACAUUUUUCAUAAUUAUCCUUAAAUAAAUUCACAUUCUUAGCAGUCAUAUUAACCCCUAAAUAUUUCACUUUCUUGACCAGUGUCAGUCCUGUCUCCUUCUGAAACUUCUCUCUCUCAAUCUCUGUUAAGUUCUUUUCUAAUACCUUAGUUUUCAUCUUAUUCAGCUUAAAACCUGCCACCUGACCAAAUUCUUGGAUUAAUUCUAAUACUCUUUUAGUAUUAGAUUCUGGCUCCUGUAAAGUCAAUACUAAAUCAUCAGCAAAUGCCUUCAAUUUGUACUGUUUCGCUCCCACUUGUAUACCUUUUACUAAUUGGUCCCUUCUAAUCAUAUUUAACAAAACCUCCAAGACCGAUAUAAAAAGCAAUGGAGAGAUUGGGCAACCUUGUCGUGUUCCUUUCUCAAUCUUAAAUUCUUCCGUCACUACAUUGUUCACAAUUAAUUUGGCCUUCUGUUCUGAAUAAAUUGCACUUAUACCGUUUCCAAAACCUUGACCCACCCCCAUCCCCAAUAAAUUCUUCUUCAUAAAACUCCAAGAAAUGUUGUCCCUGCCUCUUAUUUAUAGCCAGGUCUGCUACAUGUUAAUAAUUCUCUUUCUUUUGGCAGCAAACAGGCCUUUGUCUAUAACUGUGUGGGCUGUGGCUCCUUUCAUAUGCAGAGACUUGGCAAAGUGGCUCACAAUGGAAACAAGUAAGAGAGCUGGGGAGAUGUUUUUUACAGAACAAUCAAACAGCAUUUCCCCUCUUCCUCCUACCUAAGACAGUCAGGUGGGCAGAUUCCAGGAACACUUGCGCUGCCAGAUGUUCCUGUGUUGACCAGGGGGGAAACUCAUUUCCCGGGUGGCUCUCUUAAUGAGGCAUCCUCUUUCGGUGGGGGUUCAUUGCAACAUUUCCUUUAUUCUCAGCUUUUGGCCUCAAAUUUUAAAAACCAAAGUUUUGUGUGUAGUCAUACAUAAUAGGUUUGUGGGAGUCAGAAGCAGGGGGACGUGUUGUUUCUGUGAGGAGAGGAGGGUGUGUUUAGGUGCAAGUUUCUAUUAGAGUGGAAAUCAUGCUAGCUCAUUUUUGGAUGCUUCCUAUCGGUGUAAUAGAACAAUUGGCAAAUGGGAAGGGAUCUUGGGGAAGUGAAGAUCAAUGUUUGAACCCCUCUGUGCCUGCCUCUUCUGCCUGAUGCCAGAGAUAAUGGACACAGUUCUGAGCUACCAAUCAAAGGAGGCAAACUGACAGUCUGUCUGAUGGAUGCUUAAAUGAUAUUUGUUCCCUGUAUCAGGAAGUCUUUAAUGUUUUAUUAUGUUUUAAUAUGUGCUGGAAGCUGCCCAGAAUAGCUGGGGAAUCCCAGCCAGAUGGGUGGGGUAUAAAUAAAAUAUUAAUAAAAAUAAAUAGAGAGAGAGAGACUUGGGCACCUAACAAGCAAUAUUUAAUAAAACAACAACAAAGGAACAGGGAAAGAAAAAGUAUUGGCCCCAUUUACCGCAAUGAGGCUCUUAAAUACUGCUUUUGCUCUCUCUGACCAAACAACAGCUUCAACUACAAGGCUGCCUGUGGGCCUCCUGUGGGACCAUCCUGUGAGUAUUGUCAGCAGCGCCACCAGGUGAGCCCAGCUGAUCUCUACACCUCAUAAUAUGCCCCUGGCCAGAAGAUCUCAAGCUAACCCUUGCUUCUCUCCUCCUCCUCCUCCUCCUCCUCCCACAGCUGGGUGGCCCUCUGUGGGCAGAGCCCCUGCACAAUGCGGAUUUUGUCCAGCGGGUCCUGUCAGCAGUUGCGAGUAACCCAGCACGCUUCCGAACAAGCCAGCGGAUUCAGGGCAUCCUGAGCAUGGUGAUGGAGGUGAGGAAGACUGUGCAGAAGAAGAAGGCGAUUGCCAUACAGGAUCCCUUCCCUUUUAGACCACCCCCAUGAGCCGCAGCUUUUUGCCAAGGUGCAACAAAGGAUGUUGGGUAGUGGACCACUGAGUUGCGCAAACUCUCACUGUGAAUGAACAAAUGAAUACAGUAUUGUGUGGCAAUUGGUUUGAUUUAGAAAUUCAAAGGGAAGGGUAUGUUUUGUGCUCGGCACCCUUUUCAUAUAGGGCGGUGGUUUUCAAACUUUUUCUAGGGCACCUUGGGGUUCCUUGGAAGCCCAUCUAGUGAGAAGAUUAGCAUGGGUAGACAGAAAAAAAAGAGAUAAGAAGGGAGGGACGCCAAAAGGGAAGGGGAAAACAAUGGUAGAUAAGCAAGAACUUGUAUACUGCAGUCAGUCUUCUUCUGCAAUCCACAGCCACAAUGGAAUACCUACCAGUGUCUGGCAGUGUUCUGGCAAAUGCUCUCACCUUGUGUUUAGCAAGGGGAGUGCCUGCAAAAAAGUUCGCUCUAGAGCAGGGGUGGGGAACCUGUGGUCCUCCGAAUGUUGUUGGAAAGUCCAACUCCCAUUGCGUCUCAUAGUAGCUGGAGCAGCAGCACCCAGAGGGCUGCAGGUUCUGCACCUCUGCCAUAGAGCAGGCCUCCGUUCUCACAACCUGCAGUAGAUCUGAAGCAGAUGAAUCACCGUGGAAAGGAAUCUCUGCAGGGAGAAGAAUCACCCAGUGUACUCUGGUCUAUUGACAAUCUAGAAAUAGGGCGGAGAAACAAACAAAGAUUAAAAAGCCACCACUGCAAGAUCUUUCUUUGUAUAUAAGAUAAACUGGUGGUGUUGUCUUUAUGGCAACUGUAGGGCAAACACCCGGUUUUAACUAGUAUUAUUUUCUCUCUGUGCGAUAGGAGCUCAGUGAUGUCCCUCUCUACUACACCCUUGACCAUCUCAGCAAAACCGUCCGUUGCAGCAGCCCUUCCCUGCUACAGUUCAGGUGAGAUUGGGGUUUGUGCUGCAAGUACCUAUCCUAAAGUAGGGGAAAGCAUACAGAGAGGGGUUGUAGUUUGUGUGGGUUGGAGUGGGCAGGGGCUCAUUUAGCUGGUGGCAGAGUCAGGCUCUGAAAGCCUUUAUAGAGCUAUACUGGAGCAUUGUGGCUUCCUUUGUUUUCUCACUUCCCUACUCAGCAAUCUUGUCUGGCUUAAGCCUUAAGGGUCCUGCUGUGGGACUCUUGUGUUUUCUUGUAGCAGGGGUACCUGAUCCGUGGCCUUCAAGGUGUUGCUGGACUGCAGCUCCCACCACCCUUGCCUAUGGACCAGAGUGAUUGGGGCUGAUGGGAAUUAGAGUCUGGAAAAAACUGGAGAGCCACAGGGUCCUCACUCCUGUCCUAUGGAGUCCUAUUGUGACUCUCUGGUCUCUGUAGUUCAGACCUGAGCAGGCUGGUUGUGUUAUGCUAGGUUGCUGCUGGAACUUUGCUCUGUUAUGCAGGAAGCCACAGGUCCUGUUGCCCAAAGUGAUAAGCUGUAGAAAAGUACCCCCCCUUUUCUUUUUAUAAUAAAUUUUAUUCAAUUUUAAACACCUAAGCACAUUAACUUAAAAUUCAAUAUACCGUAUAUUUCUCUUAAAAAAUAAACAAGGUGACUUCCCAUCCUUACCUCUGUGGUGUGUUUAUUCCUACCCAUAUUCUGCUGCAUUAUAUGUUAAACUAUAAUACAUAUUUCUUCUAUUACAAUUAUUGUCAUUUUCCACCCACUGCUCCUAAUUCAAAUCCUGCCUGCAGUUUCAUUUGGCUAUAGUUCUUUUUCAGAUAUUCCAAAAAGGAUUUCCAUUCUUUAGUAAAAAGCUCAUCACUUUGCUCUCUCACUCUUGCUGUCAGUUUUGACAAUUCUGCACAGUCCAUUAGUUUUGCAAUCCAUUCUUCUUUGGUUGGGACUUUUUCUACCUUCCAAUUCUGCACACAUAGGAUUCUUGCAGCUGUUGUUCCAUACAUAGUUUAAUAAUAUUCUUUGGGACAUUUGUCCCCCAUAUCCCUAGAAAAAAAGCUUCUUUUUGGGGAAUUACCAAUUUUAACAUCAUCUUCAUUUCAUUAUAUAUUAUUUCCUAAAAUCCCUUAGUCUUUUCACAUGUCUACCACAUAGGAAAACUUCCCCUUUUCUAACCAGGAUGGAUUGCUCAUGCUAUAGGUUUUCUGGAUCCAAGACAAAGUCGCUUCUAGGAUGGGGUCUGGCAGUUUGAGGGUGGUCAUCUUCAAAUUGUUGCAUUGUUUGGAAAGAAUGACACUUCACAGAGUAGCUAAGAUGAACAAGUUGACAGACUAUAGUGCUCCGACAUCAACAAGCAACAAAUGUUUAGAGAUGUGCAAUGAAAUGGUCUGAAUCUGACCAAAAUUGGAAUCCUAUGUUCUAAUAAUGAGGUAACAAGUGAUGUUGGCUACAGUUUGAAAUACAGAAUUGACUCAAACAGUGAGAAACCCUCCACUGUUUCUACCAAAGUUCUUCCCCUUUGGAAAUUAGGGAUUUCUGUGCAAAUCUUCCCUGGAUUUCUUUUCCAGGUCAGCUCUCCUCCAUGCUGGUUACCGGGUCUCACUGUCCCAUGCCUGCAAAAAUGCCAUCAAGACAGAUGCGCCACCAUCUGUGCUUUGGGACAUCAUGCGCUGCUGGGUGAGCAAAGUCUUAACCUCUGCAUAAAGGAGCUUUUCUUUCUGGAUCUUUUACCGUAGGCACCUCCAGAACAGCUAUUUGUUCCCUGUUCUCAGACUCCAGCCUGUGGCACUAUUGCUUUUUGUCUGCAAUGACGGGGCAUGCUCCUGCCACCUUGUACCACUGGCCGCUGUUUCUGCAUGUAUACUUUGCUCUUUGGGUCUGGUUUGAUAAAGAGCGAUUAAAACACAGUCCUGAGAUGUUUGUAAAGGACAGAUUCCUAGCCCAUCCUUCACUUGAAGUUUGUUUCUUCAUUUGCGUUCCCCUUUUCACCUCUUGAGAUUAAACCCACUUCUUGUUCUAUUCCUCCUGCCUGUCUCCCAACUUUAGGAGAAACUCAAUCCUGUGAAAAGAGAGCGCCUUUCCGAGAGCAGCCCAGCUGCCCACAUCCUUUCUGUAGAACCCAAGUAGGUAUUGGGGGUGUACUGCCAGACUGGGUGUUGGAUGGGCAAAUAUGGACCUUAGGCCAAGUAAGAAAUGGCUCGUUGGCAGGAAACUCUGGAAAUCAGGAGGGCAUAUAUCUAUAGGCUGUUGUUGUGGGGCAGGGGUGGGAGUGACAGACAGCUGCGGGUUAAGAUAGAUAGCAAAAUAAGCUCUUAGGUAUGUGUGUGUGUGUGUGUGUGUGUGUGUGUGUCUGUCUGUGUCUGUGUUCAAAUGCUCAAGAGAGUUUCAUCUAAUCUAGAAGUUGUCCCAUUCUGACCAAGAGAAGGUAGUGAUCCCACUUUGUGAAAGGGUUUGGUUCCAGGUUGGAACUGUCUGCCUUCCUUCCUUGCUGACACUCUUAAACUCCACAGGCUGCAGGCAUCCUUCACUGUCCGGGCAGAUGCUAAUCCUAGCUCACGAAAGCAAGGCCUCAAACGGUUUCAGCUAAAUCCAGAGCCUUUUUGGGGCCCAAAAGCAAGAGCCAAAGCUGGGUAAGAUUUAACAUGGAACCUGGGUGUGCUGGGAGCAAGCUAGGAUACAGUUUAUGUAACCUGGGAUGGGGAAAUCAAGGUCCUGGGGUGGGGGUGGGGCAUUAGAACAAAGACAGGCCCAGGACUCAUUCCUAUUGGUUAAAAAUGGUACCAGAAUGCAUUACUUUUAAGGAUGUCAUGGAAAAGCUGACAAGGAGAACUAUGGCACCGGUAUCUUCUGGUAUUGCCUUUCCCCAUUCCCCCCCCCCCCAACUUUCUGGGAAGUAGAGGAAGAUGUAUCUACCUCAUUUGGGCUACUCCUUCUGGUCUUUGGCCCAGGUUUCUGCCCUGACCAUCCUGGCUAGGGCAGUAGUGAUGGGGACACUGAAACAAAAGCAUCAGCCUCCUUGGCUCUGUUCUGACACAUCUGCUGGGGGCAGGGGUGGGAUCUCUUCCUCCUUGCAGGAAAAGAGAAAGCUACACCAGAACAAGAGGAAAGAAUGUGCAGAACAGAGUGAUGGGGCCCACCUGAAGAACUUUCCCUGCAAACGGUUCCGGCAAGUGAGUAGUCACAGCUACUGUGCUGUUGGCUUAGAACCGAGAUGGUGGGUUGGUAUGUAAAAGAAACUGGGUAGCCUUUUGGGGGAAUCUGAGUGUUGAUGACAGCAGGGAAUAGCUGUGCUUAAAAGUGCAGAGAAGGGACAUGGUUCUCUGCUCUCUGCCCUGUUCCAUCUCUCUUUUGCUUUUUUACUGUCUAAGCACAUGGCCUGUGCAGCUAAAGUUCUUUAAGCUGCACUCGUGGCAAAUGGAGGAAAUGGUACCUGUGUAACUGAUUUUUAUUUCAUAGCAUGAGCAAAAGAAGCUUGAAUAGAAUGGGGAACAGGAAAGGGUUAAGCACACCCCUGUUCUCUGGGUUCUGGUUUUAUUCCACUGGAGCUGCAUGUGGUUUGCCUCUCUGCCAUGUGGCAGGCAGUUUUGUAGGAGUGCUCUUGUCAGCUGCCAUUAUUAGUUGUAGCUGCUGGCAACCAGAGGUCAUUAUGCACAACCUGUAUCGAUUGGUCUCAUUUAGGGGAGUCAGCUGGGGAAUACAGUUCUCAGUAAUCAUUUUAAGCCCAGCUACAAUUGCCCUGUCCCUAAACACCAUUCUAUGUUUGGUAUGAGGAUGACCAAUGAAAAGCAGGGUUUUUUUUGAAAAAAAGAUACUGUUUUUAACCAGGCUUACAUAACUUGUGACCCACCAACCCAGGCACAGCUUACCUGGUGCUUCACAGCUGCUCUGUUUUUACAGACCUAGGCAGGCAGCAAAACCAGGAGGUUCCUUAAACCUGGGUUACCCUAUUUGGCUGGCUGGGUCCUUAGUUGUAUGUAAGUCUGUUUUAAUUUUACCUGCAAUAUUUAAAACACUUGCAGACGGCAAGUGGGCUGUUUAGAGGAACCUUGAAAAUUUGGUAUGUUUGGCUUUUAUACAGAACAGAAUGGUGAAGGCAACUAGAGGUGUAGCUAUGGGUUCUGUUCCCAGAUCAGCUACAGCCUCCUUAGGCCAAGCUGCCAAUUUCUCUUUUGCCUAAGGCAGGGGUCAGCAAAUUUUUCAGCAGGGGGCUGGUCCACUGUCCCUCAGACCUUGUGGGAGGCUGGACUAUAUUGGGGGGGGGGGGAGAACAAACUCCUAUGCCCCACAAAUAACCCAGAGAUGCAUUUUAAAUAAAAGCACACAUUCUACUCAUGUAAAAACACACUGAUUCCCGGACCGUCUGAAGGCUGGAUUUAGAAGGCGAUUGGGCCGGAUCCAGCCCCCGGCCUUAGUUUGCCUAAGGGCCAGCUGCUUCAGCCACAGGGCUGCAUGCAACGACUUGAAUGGUUUAGUGAUGUUUGGCGUUGCUUUUCCCUUACAGGGCAACUGUUCACUGGGGGACAAGUGCUGCUACUCCCAUGAGACAGAAGGAAAGACGGCAGAAAACAACCCAGCACCAUCUUGAUGAGAAACAGUCUUUGGUAUCUGCUCCCUUUUGUUUUAUAUAUUUGUGCUAAAUGGAGAGCCUUUAUUUUCAAAUGACUGUCCAUUUAUGAUGUGCCUGCCAUUAAAAAAUGGUGUUAGCUUUUGAUGGUUCUUGGUUUGCUAGAUGUUUUCCACCUGAUCAUGUUCAAACUGCUCUCUAGUAGAUCAGCUGCCUGCCCUGUGAGCCUGCUGAACUGUCAGGCUCUUCAAGUACUGUUGCGGGGUGGGGUGCGGGGAGAUGACCCGAUUACAUCCCCAAAAUGGUAUUUUAAGAACAUUGCUUCGCUGUUGAUGUUUGUCCAUUCUAAAUAGUGGAAGGUCAUGUCUGAGAAUCUAGUGAAUAGACAGUAUUAAGAAACCCUGUUGCUUCCUCACAGUUACACUGUUUAUCACCACAGGCUCCAGCCCAAUGGCAUGUGCAAU